AUGGAGGUCCAACCAGUGCCAUCCAUUGGGUUUACCAUGCAACCACAACUCGCCGAGUUAAAGCAAAACCCCCCCUCGAGUGAGGCGCAAACUUCCGAGAUAUUGCAAGUCGCGUAUGAGAUCUUCGGCUUCACUGGCACUGGAUCGGACUCGACAAUACUCCCUGCGGCAUCAAGGGUAAAUUGGGUCGUAGCUCAGAAGUGCCUAGGCGUCGCAUGGAGGGCUGGGAGUGGAAAGAUUGUGGGCAACUCCACCAGCACUGAUGUCAGUGAAGACUUGAAUAUUUCGCUUCUCUGCCACUUCUUUUCUCGCAUAAAGGACGCGAAAUCAUUAUCGGAUGUUCCUCAGUCGCUUCUUGACUUACACCAGGCUGAUAAGCCGGUGCGUAUUCCUUAUAGUAUCCCACUCCGUUUCGACACUAUUUCGGAUCCACACGCCAUCAACUACGUUCUUGGAGGCCCGUACCUCGAAGUCUCCAUCAACAACCCCCUUGCUGUAUUGUACGUCGCUCGAUGCCAGCAUCAAUGGGAAGAUACAUCGAUACCAGCAGUAGCUACACGUCUGGCAGGCGAAGGCUUCGGAUUCACCGUCGCCGCUCAUCCACUUCGAUACCUUGCCUCGAGUUUCGGAGCAGUACCAGUUACCCCCGACAAUCCACUUGGAUUUCGACCCUCCAACUAUGUUCCUACUGACACGGAUUAUCGCCACUAUGUUUCGCAGCGGGAAAAACUACUUCAAUCCCCUCGAGGGUAUGCUGCAUUAAUGGCUGGAGGGCUGGCCAGUCGUAUGGCUCGAGACUUUGUUGCACCAGAGCUAUUUUAUGCGAAGCUAUCAAGCGACCCUAAUCCAACUUUCUUUCAUCCUCUGACUACGUCAGAGCUGGACCUCAUUUAUGGUAUUUACCGUCAAGAAACAGGCCAGGUUUCUUUGUCGGGGAAGCGUCAGUUUAUUCAUAAGUCCUGGUGGCCUCCACACAAGAUCUGGACGUCAAGCAUGCUGGGAUUGACUUUUUGGACGACUGACGCAGAGGCAUGGUAUCAACGCCGCAUCACCAAGCUCAGCACUGGUCCAUAUGAAUCUACAGAUCUUAAACAUGCUCCUGCGUGGAAGAGUGCCAUGCGGCAGAAUGCAGAAGUCGCUAAGAUUAUACGAAAUAUGGAGGUAUUGGCGGAGUCGUAUAUUCGAACUACAUUAGUAACAGUAUAG